GGCUGCGGGCGGUGCCGCCAGUGAGGCUGCGCUGAGCUGCGGGGCCGGAUGGCCGAGCCGCCCGCCCCGCGCACUCGGGCGGCGGCCGGCAGCGGGCGAGGACACCGGGCGAGCCCUCCCUGCCGGGAGAGCCAGCCCUGCGGCACACGGCAGCGCCAUGGUCUCAUGGAUCAUCUCCAGGCUAGUGGUGCUUAUAUUUGGCACACUUUACCCCGCAUAUUAUUCUUACAAAGCCGUGAAAUCAAAGGACAUCAAAGAAUAUGUCAAAUGGAUGAUGUACUGGAUCAUAUUCGCGCUCUUCACGACAGCAGAGACAUUCACGGAUAUCUUUCUUUGCUGGUUUCCAUUCUACUAUGAACUCAAAAUAGCUUUUGUAGCUUGGCUGCUGUCUCCAUACACAAAAGGCUCCAGCCUCCUGUACAGGAAAUUUGUCCAUCCAACGCUGUCUUCAAAAGAAAAGGAGAUCGAUGACUGCCUCAUCCAGGCGAAAGACCGAAGCUACGAUGCCCUCGUGCACUUUGGGAAGCGGGGGCUGAACGUUGCAGCCACCGCAGCUGUCAUGGCAGCUUCAAAGGUAAAGGUGCAGGUCUCUCAGCUACUUCAUUUACACUUGUAUUUGGACCAGAAAAAAGGGCAGGGACAGGGAGCCCUGUCUGAGAGACUACGGAGCUUUAGCAUGCAGGAUCUCUCGACAAUUCGUGGAGACAGCAGCAGCACUGUUCCUCCUUCGGUCACUGUACGAACAAGUAGCAAACAGAGCCACCCAAAACCAUCCAGAAGUGCAUCAGAAGGCACUGGCAGCUCAGUGUGCACGUGUUGCUCAGUAUGCCGACUCCUCAGAGUCACCAACCUGGAGGCAGCAGCAGAAGGACUGAAGGAUCACAGUGCUGCCACCGUGCUGCAGCCACCUGUGCCUUCCCACAGCCCUGCCCCUGGUGCCAGAGCCCUGUGCAGUGUUGGUGCUUGGAGGCUGAUGGUUCCAGCCUGACACAGCCUCCUCGCACCCUGCAUGGGUGGCAAACCCACCCAUAUUUGAUUUGUUACGCUUCCUUUUCUGGUUGGAUGUGCCAUUGUGCAGGGCAAUGAAGCAUGUUUAAGGUGGUAUCUGUUGAAACAACCAUGAAACUCUUGUAUUCACAGGGCAUUUUAUUAGAAUCCUUCUAAUUUUAGCCUAAACCUAUUUUAUGGAUUUGACUUCAAAGUGUUAUUUAUAAAAAGAAUCACUGAAUCCUUAUAGGCUUAACAGUCAUGAGGUAAUCUUAGGAAAGUCAUUUAAUGAUGCUAAGGCAGCAAACAGUCCAAUAUGUUUAUGAGCUGGACCCCAUGUAAUUUUGAUCUUGUUGAAUUUGUGUACCCUGUCAUUCACAUUGGCUUGUUUUACUGUUCCUGCCCCCCUCUCCAAUAUAAUCCAGUCCCUUAGACCAUGUCAAUAGGGAUGUGCCAAGGCUCUAUGUCAUAGAGGGUUCAUUCUGUCUCCACAGGCUGCCCUUUCUCUGUCUCCAAGGCAAUAGAUGCAUUAAUGCACUCUCAGACAGUGGCCUGCCAUUAAAAUGCUCCUUUGUAAGUGCAUCUUUGGUAGCCUGGAGAGCUGACUACGUCAUGUGAACAUUUUUCAGUGCCACAAAAAGCUGAGGGAAGAAAGAAUUUAAUUUUGUUUAGGUAGGAAUAAGUUGUCUUGAGCUAUUGGCACUCAUCUUUUCUUGGUGCAAACUUUUGUGUAGUCAAUUUCAGAGUCCCAUCAUUAACAGUUCUCAUUUCCAAAGAGUUUAUAAUCUAAAUGGGCAGAUAGUCAAGUCUUUUCCUCAAGCAGGGAUAUUACUAUUCACUGCUUUAGAGCCUUGGUGCAGUCUUUUUGGCAUGAACAAUUGCCUUAAUGCUCUUGCAGGUAAAACUCAAUUAUCUCACUGUCUGACUCACAGAAAUCUCCACAAUUCUUAGGAGAGCACAGGCUGGUGGAGCAAAAGUGCAAGCAUCCUGCUCCCUAGAUGAUAUCUGGAGAGAAGGUGUCCUGAGGAUGAGGCCUGCAGGUGCCAUGGGGUGUGCAUUUCUGCAGAGCCCAAAGGCCAGGCUGAGCACAGCCUGAGCCCCCUGAUCUGGACUGUCCCUGGCAGCAGUUGUUCUGGGCUCCUCUCCUCUGGAGCAGGACUGUCCCUGGCAGCAGUGGUGGGUUUCUCUGUGCUGAAGCUGUUGGCUCCACAGGAGAGCCCUUUCCUGCCCAGCUGGAUCACUCCCACUGGCCUCAUGGCCUGCACAUGACAAAGCAUUGAUGCAAUUCAGGACAUUCAUACUCUGCUCUGGGCAGCUUCACUAAAAUACAAUCCUGUUUGACAGAUGUACUCCAGCACAUCUUUUUGAGAGCUCCUAUGCCAGCUCCUCUUGCUUUUGUUUGGGGCCAGGCCUUUGCUGGUGGAACUCCUUCCAGGUGUUCACCCGAGUUUCUGAUUUAUCUCCUUUGUGUUCUGUGGAAAGUCAGGCUGCAGCAUUCAGGAACAAUGGUACAAUUAUGUAAGAGCUCUUUUUCCCUUUCUGAGAGGACAGAGUGAAAAUCUCCAGGGAUAUCUGUUUGUCUUUUGGCAGUGCUUGGCAAAUGCUUAAACGCUGUUCGAUAUUAAACAAUCUUGCUUGGGACUGGCAUUUAAGAAGUAAUAAAAUUAUGUUUGGUGGUGUUCUCUCAACUAACGUCUCUUAGGUGCUGUUGCAAAGACCUGGGGCAUGGUUGAGAGGGAGAAACCAUUUUAAUUCUUGCAGAGAAUAAAUUUACCUAUCAUGAAUUGAAGAAUCAGCUAUGUAUGAGGAGAAUUUUUGGGAUGGCAAAUAUUUGAGGGGGCAUUUAAUACUAAAAUGCUGAUCAGAAGCCUUAGGCAGUGUAAGGAAUGUGCAGGGACAUUAGUGAUGAAUGGGUCUGUGUUGGUGUGCA